AUGGCCUCGCCGCGGCGGUGCUCCCCGACAGCCCCGGACAGGGAAUGCAAGUUGCCGCCACCCUCGGCCCCUGCCGGCGAGUAUCCUCCCGGCAAGCUGUCCUGGGGAACCGUGGCGAGGGCCUUAGGCCGCUUCAGGCUGUCGAUCCCGCACACGCGCCUGCUGGCCACCCUCGACCCCCUGGCCUUGGACAGGGAACCACCGCUGCAGCUGUCGCCUGAGAAGCAGCAGAUGCCGGAGAAAUUGAUUUGGGGCGACCAGGAGCCUCUCUCCAAGGAUGCGGUGGAUGGUUCUGUGGUUCGCAAUUUUGAGCACAGGCCCAAGGCUCCUGUUGUAGAGUGCAGCAUCACAGCCGACAGCAGCAGAGUCAUUGCCGCAUCCUACGAUAAGACUGUGAGGGCCUGGGACCUGGAGACAGGCAAGCUGCUGGUACGUAUGCCUGCCCAGUGGGCGCGUUGCAGCUUGACCAAGUCUCAGGCAGCUUUGGGUUGGACCCCCGAUCAUCACACAAGGACCAUCACGUCAUGCUGCUUUGACCCCGACAGCCAGAGGGUGGCUUCUGUCUCAUUGGACAGGUGCAUCAAGAUCUGGGACGUUACAUCCCAGGCCACGCUGCUCACCAUCACCAAGGCACAUUCCAAUGCAAUCUCAAACUGCUGUUUUACCUUCAGUGGCCAUUUCCUGUGUACAAGCUCCUGGGAUAAAAACUUAAAAAUAUGGAACGUCCACACAGGGGAGUUUCGAAACCGUGGAGCCUGUGUGACCCUGAUGCAGGGCCACGAAGGUUCCGUCAGUUCCUGUCACUUUGCCAGAGAUAGCUCUUUUCUCAUUUCUGGAGGAUUUGAUGGGACUGUGGCUAUUUGGGACGUAGCAGAAGGCUACCGGAAGCUCUCCUUGAAGGGCCAUAAUGACUGGGUGAUGGAUGUUGCCAUUAGCAACAACAAGAAAUGGAUCCUGUCUGCUUCCAAGGAUACGACCAUGAGACUGUGGAAUAUUGAAGAAAUUGACGAAAUUCCUUUGGUAAUCAAGUACAAAAAGGCUAUGGGCUUAAAGGUGAAACAGUGCGAAAGAUGUGACAGGCCUUUCUCCAUCUUCAAGAGUGACACCUCUUCUGAAGUGUUCACCCAAUGCGUGUUCUGCCGGAUAGAUACAAGGGGCUUGCCAGCAGAGACUUCAUCAUCAUCGUCAUCGGAGAGGGAGAACUUGCCGCCGCCGCCGCCCGGGGGAAGCCAGGAUGAUUGACAGCUACAGGCCCCUUUGAGUGACUCCAGCACAGGCUUCCUAGCAUGUAGGUUUUGGGGCUCUGCAGGGACUUUCUCUUGGGCCCCUCCCAGGCUCAGUAGGCCUGUCAGACUGGGGCAGGACACAAGCCCUGGCUGGGCUCUCAGCACAGUGCCACCUCCUCAGCUUUCAGCUUGGGGAGUGAACACUUGACUUUCCGUUUUCAUGCAGAAUAAAUCUAAUUCCUUUG